AUGAAAUUACAGCUACCAGAGAGGUGGCCCAAGAUCAAGUAUUUGAAGCUUGGCCCUUCGAACCCAGAAAGCGAAGAUGAUACAAAGACAAGCCUAGAAACCUUACCAAAGAAGAGUUAUAUAAGACGAGUAAUUCCAUGGAUGGCUCACAUUAUUCUUGUGGGCAUAUCAUCCACACUUCUGCUGGCGGCUAUCCAAACAAGGGCGCAGACAGUCGGGCCAGCUUUUACUCUCGAAUAUGCGACCGCUGUACAAACCUGCGGCUUAAAAGCUCCUCUUGAACUCUCUGGUGAAUUUGAAGCACAUUCAGCUUGGCGUGGGGGAAAGGAUGCAGAUGUGGAUGCCGCAUGGGCAGGCUUAGAACUCAACUCGGCGAUGUCUGUGCCUCGCAGUGAGAUUGAGAAGAUCAAAAAGCUCCGUAACAGCUCUGUCGUUUUACCCGACGGCGGUUAUAUGGCGAGCAUCGGUGGGUUUCACCAGAUGCACUGCCUUAACGUUCUCCGGAAAGCCAGCUAUCUGGAAUACUAUGUCGUUCACGAGCCGGAUUUCUUUGCACAGCCGACUGUGCGUGAACAUAUUGAUCAUUGUGUCGAAAUGCUCCGCCAGAUUCUCAUGUGUUCUGCAGACAUGCACCUGGUUACGUAUGAUUGGGUGGAUGGAAAGGACUAUCCAUGGCCUGACUUCAACACCAAUCAGUUUUGUCGGGACUACAAGUCUGUGCAUGAAUGGGGUAAAGAGCGUGUCACGAAGACUGAUGCCGUGAACGGGAUGAUUCUUAAACCCGCCAACGCCAUUACGAGAAAGCUGCCCUCGCAUUAG